AUGCUGACCCCGGCAGACCUUGGUCAGCAGCUGGCCAGGAUUCAGGGGGCCACUCCAGCCGCCAACGCCGCCGCAGCGACCGGGCCACCCGCCGCUGCUGCGCCCGGCGCCGCCGGCACGAGCUCGGCGCCAGCGGUGGCGCCCGCGGCCCUGGAUGCGGCCCCUGCCGCUGCCAUUGCGGGUGGCAGCACGAAUGGCGUCAGCAACGCUGCUGCGCCUGCGAGCGGCACCACUGCUGUUGGCGCCACCACGGCUCCCUCGCGCACCGCUGUUUCGGUGCCUGCUGCCGCCACAGCCGCCGAUGCUAGCAGCACACCCAGAGCCGACGGCACCGCAGCCGCAGCCACCGACAGCGGCGUCCCGGCCGCCUCGGACACCACGGUGACCCCCGUGUCCACAACCGCAGCGACCUCGGAGGGCCUCCUGCCGAUUGAUGACAGGGGCGAGGUGCCGGAUGCAAUCGCGGCUGGCGACGCUUCGGCAAAUGACGUGGACGCGACCCCCACUGAGGCCAUCGCGAUCACUGGCAACACCACGGCAGUCGCAGCGAAUGCCACGUCUAUGGUACCUGGCGCUGCAGCUGCCGCCAACGCGACCGACCCCAUCCGUGCAAACAGAACCGCGGCAGCCGCUGCUGUCCUUGCGACCCUGGGGGCGAACGCCACCGACGCCUCGGACGCCGCUGCCAGGGGCAAGGCCGUCGACAAGAAUGGGGCUGGCCUGGUGACAACUCUGACAGAAGAUGACAUCACUGGUUCCGAAAGGAUAAAGAUCUCCAGCGCAACCUCGGCCCGUGCCAAGGGGAUCGCGGAGCGCGCCAGCGUCGGCGUCAUCGUCGGCGCCGUGCUGGGGUCAGUGGCUGCCGUCGGGCUGGUCGCUUGUUGCGUGGUGGUGGUGCGGCGGCACAUAGCACGCAACAAGUACGAGCGCUUUGCAGAGAUCUGA